CAUCAUCAUCAUCAUCAUCAAUUUCUCUCUUUAUCCAAUUUUCUUCUUCGAAUCGAUUCUUCAACCAUGUCUUGCUUCACCUCCAAAUUCGCCGAUGAGCUGAUUGCUAACGCUGCCUACAUCGGCACACCUGGGAAAGGUAUCCUUGCGGCAGAUGAAUCAACUGGUACUAUUGGAAAACGUCUUGCUAGCAUCAACGUCGAGAACGUUGAAUCGAAUAGACGUGCUCUUCGUGAGCUUCUCUUCACUACUCCUGGAGCUCUUCCUUGUCUCAGUGGUGUUAUCCUCUUUGAAGAGACUCUCUACCAGAAGAGCUCUAAUGGUACGCCUUUUGUGGAUAUGUUGAAGAGUGCAGGAGUCUUGCCUGGUAUUAAGGUUGAUAAGGGUACUGUUGAGCUUGCUGGAACCAAUGGUGAGACGACUACUCAAGGUCUUGAUGGUCUUGGUGACCGUUGCAAGAAGUACUACGAGGCUGGUGCUCGUUUCGCUAAGUGGCGUGCGGUUCUUAAGAUUGGUCAGAAUGAGCCCUCUGAGUUGGCUAUCCAUGAGAACGCUUAUGGAUUGGCUAGGUACGCUGUCAUUUGUCAGGAGAAUGGUCUUGUGCCGAUUGUGGAGCCUGAGAUUCUUGUUGAUGGUUCUCAUGACAUUCACAAGUGUGCGGCGGUGACAGAGCGUGUUCUUGCAGCUUGCUACAAGGCCCUGAGUGAUCACCAUGUCUUGCUAGAAGGAACACUCUUGAAACCAAACAUGGUUACUCCAGGAUCAGAGAGUGCCAAGGUUGCUCCAGAGGUGAUUGCAGAGCACACUGUCCGUGCUCUUCAGAGGACUGUGCCAGCUGCUGUUCCAGCCAUAGUGUUCUUGUCUGGUGGACAGAGCGAGGAAGAGGCGACAAGAAACCUUAACGCAAUGAACCAGUUGAAGACAAAGAAGCCUUGGUCUCUGUCUUUUUCGUUUGGAAGGGCGUUGCAACAGAGCACUUUGAAGACUUGGGGAGGAAAAGAGGAGAAUGUGAAGAAGGCUCAAGAAGCGUUCUUGGUUAGAUGCAAGGCUAACUCUGAGGCCACACUUGGUAUCUACAAAGGUGAUUCUAAGCUCGGUGAAGGUGCAGCAGAGAGCCUCCACGUUAAGGAUUACAAGUACUGAUAAAAGAGGCUAUGGAUCGUAGUUUUUAUAUCAUCGUUUGCGUUCUUGCUUUCACUUUCUCUGUUUUUGUUUGGUGGUUUGCUUAGUAGAGUGCUACAAAAGAACCCCGUUUAAGCUUUUUUUAGGAGACGUAUGUGUUCCUAAGAAACCUUUUUAAGAAUGAAUAUUAAGCUUGUUC